AUGGAGCCUUCUUCCUCUGACCCUGCGACCACUGCGCUGCUAGCACCUUCAUCGCCGGGCACAGACGCUCCUCAGGAUAAAUCGAACGGUAGCGAUUUGAUUCAAAUUGAUCGCGAAGAAGGCGCGACUGGUGGUGAGGAUCGAUUGAGCGAGGAGGAAGAGAGCGGUCAUAGAAUUUGCGAGGGGGACGCAGUUAAGAACGAAGAGGAGGAUUUGAUCAAACAAAAUCUGGGCGAGCAUCACCACGCCGAGAAGACGACUCAUCCGGCUGAUUCGUCUUCCGCCUCCACAGCCCCCACUCCUUUGGUCGAGGUGGAUUGGGAUCUGCUGACAACGGGAGAAUCGGCACCCUUGGUCGCCUCUACGUCAUCUUCUACACAUCCCGUGGACGUGCGUUCUCACAACAAGGGCAAAGAGAAGGAAUAUCAGAUGGAUGGACACGGUGGUGAAGUACUAGUGGCAUCGCCGCGCCCUGCGUCGCCGCCGCUCGACGUGGUGGCACCCGCCUUCCGCGUGCGAUUGGACAGCCGCGAGCUGGCAUCGAGCGACAUCGUCGUGGAGGAGACGUCUUCGCCUUCGACCCUCUCCUCGAUGGCCCUGCUCGAGGAGAAGAGGAAGCAGCAGCGCCACACCGCGACGCAUUUGCCCCGACAAGGCCACCACCUUGGCAGCGGUGACGCCGAGCCCGAAGAACACGCCGAUGGUGCUACUCACGGAACUCAGCAGCGACAGAGGUCCUACUCGCUCUCCGACCCGGAGGAGUUCUGCGACCUCUGGGAGAGAAUUGAUAAUCUAAACCGGAAAAAGCACAAGAAGGAGGACGGAGCGCACUACUUCUACCCGACGAGCUUCGCGCGGACGACGGCCUGCAACGUGUGCCACAAGCCCCUGCGCGGCCUCGCCAGGCAGGGCCUGGCCUGCAGCAUCUGCCAGUACGCGGUGCACUACAGCUGCGAGGAGAAGUCCGAGCACUGCUGCCCCAUCACCUACUCCCGGCCCUCCUCUCUCGAGAAAAUGAAGCAAAUGGAGCACGCAUGGAUCGAGGGCAACGUGGAGGCCGGGACGGAGUGCCGGGCGUGCAAGAAGGAAAUCCUCGCGCUCGACCCCAUGGCCGCCUCCCGCUGCUUCUGGUGCGGCGGUGCCGCCCACAACGGGUGCAAGGAAAACACACUCAAGUGCGACAUGGGUCCGCACAAGGACUUCAAGCUGCCGCCCUACGCGCUGUUCAAGCACCGGCUGCCCAACGGCGAGGAGAAGUGGCAGAUCGAGCCCUCCCUGCUGCCCGAGGGCUGCGUGCCCUACCUCGUCUUCGUCAACAAGAAGGCCGGCGGCCAGCAGGGCAAGCUCGUCUUGAAGAGCAUGCUCUCCCUCUUCAACCCUCACCAGGUGUUUGAUCUGAGCCAGGGCGGACCGAUGCCGGGCCUCCGCAUGUUCUUCCCGCUGGCGCGGCGCGGGCCGGGUUUCCGCAUCAUGGUCUGCGGCGGUGACGGCACCGUCAACUGGGUCUGCCAGACUCUCGCUCGCGUCAAGUUCCCGCGACCCGAAUUCGCUCCACCCAUUGCGCUGCUUCCGCUGGGCACGGGUAACGACUUGAGCGGAUACCUGGGAUGGGGCGUCGGCUACACCGGCGGCGAUCUCAACGACUACCUCUUCCAGCUCCACAACACCGAGAUUGUGAAGCUGGAUCGGUGGAAGUCGACGAUCGCCAACUUUUCGCAGCCGGACGGGCGCGAGGACUCGGGCGCGGGGCUGAGGCCCAUCGACGCGCCCGCGCCCAAGAAUGUGAAGAAGCUCACCUCGCAGCCCUCGGCCGCGUCUCUGGUCGAGUGCCCCACGCCCGUGGCGACCAUCUCCAACAUCAUGUCCUCCCUGUGGCCCUCGUCCGACUCGCUCGGCGACACCGGCGACAAGCGACGCGCGCUGGUCCAGGACGACAGCGACAGCCACCACGGCGGCGAAGAGCUGCAGCAGAACCAGGAUGUGGAUGAAGACGACGGCAUGCCGGCGUCGAAGGAGGUGCACUACGAUGACGACGACUUUGAGCUGGAGGAGGAGGACGAGAUGGUGAGCGGGGCGGAGGUCAAGAGCUUCCACCACUCGUUCUCGAUCGGCGUCGACGCCAAGAUCACGUGGAACUUCCACUGCGCGCGCGAGGCCAACCCGGAGAACUUCACCUCGCGGGGCAUGAACAAGUUCAAGUACUUCACCCAGGGCGUCUCGUCCAUCAUCGACGGCGGCUGCAAGGGCCUCGCCCAGGCCAUCGAGUUCAUUGAAAUCGACGGACGCCUCAUCUGGGGCGACGAUCUCCCCCAGGCGAUCGAAUCGCUCAUAUUCGGCAAUAUUCCGGCCUACGCGGACGGUACGGAUCUGUGGGCCAAGCCCACCGGCGACUACAAGCCGCAGCGGGUGGACGACAAGGUGGUCGAGGUGAUCGCGCACAAGGGCUCCAUCCACCUGGUGCAGAUCAAGGCCGGCGUGUCGAAGGCGUACCAGUUGGGACAGGGUCGCCGCAUCAAGAUGCAGACGCGCGACGUCCUCCCCAUGCAGCUCGACGGCGAGCCCUGGCUCCAGGGUCCGGCGCUGAUCCAGAUCGAGCACAGGAACCAGGUGUCGAUGAUUGUACCAAAGAACCGAAAGAACAAGAGUGCAUGA